UCUUGCGACGCAUUGUGGAACUAUAUGUGUCAAUUUGACAACACAACAAGCUAGCCCCGUAAAAAUUACAAUUUAUUUGUAUAUGCAGUAAAACAAUUGUCCUGCCUCUGUUGCAGUCAAAAUUAUUCGAUAUGAGCAGUGAUCCUGAAAGUUUGUACGGGACCACACUGUCCGUGGAAUCUAUGAAAGUCAUCGCGGAAAGUAUCGGUCUGGGAGCUCUACCCGACGAUGCAGCCAAGGAGUUGGCGGAUGAUGUUUCGUUCAAAUUGAAGCAAAUCGUUCAAGACGCUGCCAAGUUUAUGCAUCACGCAAAGCGACAAAAGCUCUCCAUCGUCGAUAUCGACAAUGCACUGAAAGUUAGGAACAUUGAACCACAGUACGGAUUCGUUGCCAAUGACUUUAUUCCAUUUCGUUUUGCUUCCGGCGGUGGACGAGAACUGCACUUUAUUGAAGAAAAAGAGGUCGACUUGUCGGAAGUCAUUCAAACGACACAGCCGAAAGUUCCAUUGGAAGUGUCCCUUCGAGCCCAUUGGCUUUGUGUUGACGGCAUUCAACCGACCGUUCCAGAGAAUCCACCACCUUUAUCGAAGGAGUCACAGGCUCAAGAUUCAGUGAAUCCGAUCAAGAAACUCGAUCAAACUCUGACGAAAGAUGUGGCCGGCAAGCCAACAACUGGAAAGAUUCAUAAAUUGAAGAACAUCGAAACGGUUCAUGUGAAGCAGCUGGCAACUCAUGAGUUGUCCGUGGAACAGCAAUUGUAUUACAAGGAAAUAACCGAAGCAUGUGUGGGAUCGGACGAAGGACGUCGAGCCGAAGCGUUACAAUCGUUGUCUUGUGAUCCUGGCCUUCACGAAAUGUUACCGAGAAUGUGUACCUUCAUCGCUGAAGGGGUUAAAGUCAACGUAGUCCAGAACAAUUUGGCUUUGCUCAUUUAUCUAAUGCGAAUGGUAAAGGCACUGAUCGACAAUCCGUCUCUGUAUUUGGAAAAAUAUCUGCAUGAAUUCGUUCCGUCUGUGUCAACGUGCAUCGUUUCCAGGCAAUUGUGCAUGAGACCCGAACUCGACAAUCACUGGGCGCUGAGGGACUUCGGAUCGCGAUUGAUGGCACAGAUUUGCAAGAACUUCAACACAUCGACCAAUAAUCUACAAACGAGAGUGACACGCCUCUUCAGCAGUGCGUUGCAAAAUGACAAAACACAAUUGUCGUCCCUGUACGGUGCCGUAGCCGGAUUAUCGGAAUUGGGUACAGAAGUGAUCAAAGUGUUCAUCGUUCCUCGGCUGAAAUUCAUUUCGGAUCGAAUCGAACCGCAGCUGCAGGGUUCUAGCAUUAGCAACACCGACAAAAUUGCAGCUGGUCACAUCAGAGCCAUGCUACAAACGAAAUGUGCGCCGGUCUUGAAGACGAUCCGCAAUCCACCGGAUGUCGUCGACGAAUACAAGCGUGAUUACGGAUUCUUGGGUCUGACGCUUCAUCAAGCUGUGGUCAAGGCUCGAAAUGCACCACCAACACCCGUAACAACAACGCAAGGCGGAAACAAUUCGGCCAAUUCGAUAGUGAAUGCGUCGAAUACGGCGUCAACAGUGUCACGAUUAACGUCGGCUGCUCAGCCGCAAAUUACGUCACGAAUUAAUACAACAGCGACUAUAAAUACAAAUGCACAGCGACCAGCUGCUCAACCAGCACAGCAGCAGAAAUUUGUCAUUGUCACUCAACGUCCGGCCACUCCACAACCGACUACACCAACAACGGUUCUACCUACAGGCCUGUCCGGAGCUAUCAAAUACCCCAAUCCAACCACAAUCAACACAAUCAAUCUACCGCAAAAUAUCCAGGUGCAAAAAGUUCAACAAAAUCCAAAAAUUGUAAUAGUAAAUCCUCCAAGUAGUCAACAGCAGGCACAACAGAGUUCGGCUGUGACGCCAAUUGGAGGCUCGCGACCGAUAUUCGUCGGGCAGGAUGUACCACCACCGGAACUGGAUGAUUUGUCACAUUUGGCAUGAUUUAGAAAUAUUACGGUUAAGAAGCAUAAAGUGUAAGUUCGAAUUGACUUUUUGUAAUGAAAACCGUCACCUCAUUAAAGGGAUUGAAUUUAUGGAAA